UGGGAGGGUGGAGAGGAACCGGAGGCGGGCGGGGCCGGAGGGUGGAGCCUAAGGGCGGAGAGUUGCUGAAGGCCACCCUUCAGGUGCUCUCCAUCAUGGCUUCUGCCUCUCCCGGCUACGGAGCCGGCUUGUUGCGCUUUCUGCGGCUGGUCGGGCAGCUCAAGAGAGUUCCACGGACAGGCUGGGUAUACAGAAAUGUGGAAAAGCCAGAGAGUGUGUCAGAUCACAUGUACCGGAUGGCAGUUAUGGCUAUGGUGACCAGAGAUGACCACCUUAACAAGGAUCGAUGUAUACGCCUAGCCCUGGUCCACGACAUGGCAGAGUGCAUCGUUGGGGACAUAGCACCAGCAGAUAACAUCCCCAAAGAAGAAAAGCACAGGCGGGAAGAGGAGGCUAUGAAGCAGAUAACCCAGCUGCUGCCAGAGGACCUCGGGAAGGAGCUAUAUGAACUCUGGGAAGAGUAUGAGACUCAAUCUAGUGCAGAAGCCAGAUUCGUGAAGCAGCUGGACCAGUGUGAAAUGAUCCUUCAGGCAUCCGAAUAUGAAGACAUGGAGAGUAAACCCGGGAGGCUCCAAGACUUCUAUGAUUCCACAGCAGGAAAAUUCAGUCACCCUGAGAUAGUCCAACUUGUUUGUGAGCUGGAGGCAGAGAGAAAUGCCAGCAUAGCCACAGCCUCUGCAGAGCCAGGCUCCUAAGAGCUCAUGCCUUGCUGUCCGCUUGCUUCUCUACCUCAUGGGAAUGUGUUUUCUACUGUUGGUCUGAGAGUCUCCCAAGACGCAAGUCUUAUUUUCCGCUGUCUGGACUUGAACAAGAAAUGUGAUAUAAUCCAGGCCCCAAAAGAAACCACCACACCGGAAGUGGUCAGGAAGAUGCCAUGGAUGAAGACUCAAGAGGAGAAUGCUUGUUUUGUGAAUUCAAUAAAUAUUUAACACUCCAAA